UUUUGCCACAUACACGAGCGGUUGCCUCUUUUUCUAAUAGCGGUGUAUGUAACAUGUUGCAUCAUUGCUGUCAUCAUUAUAUUUACUAGCCCUUUGUUCCAAAGUCGACAUAGCUUCAUUUUCUGAGAGGGAGAAAGAGAAUGGCUCUUCUGGGACAGUUUGUAAAAAUGGAAGGGAGUUUGGAUUGGUUUUAUAUGGGAUGCAGAGCGCUCUUUUUCUCACACACGUGCACAUACUACGGUGUGUGUUGGGCACUUUAUUUUUUUCCCUCUUACUUAGAGAGAAGUGAGAUUUGGAAUUUGGAAGGUCAUUGGAACGGAUCGGGAUUGGGCGGCUAUUAUAUUGGUUCUCAUGUUGUUACUGGUGCUAAUUUCAGGGUUAUUAAGCAUCUGAUACCCGUGUGUUUGUUUUUCUUUCCUCUUGUCUUCUUUCUUUUUAUUUUCCAUAUUAUGAUUCAAGAUAAUAGUACGAUAAGAACUCGGCUUUGUUUUGCAUUUUGCACCUUGUUUUAAUUAUUAUUUUGGUUCAAAGUCCAUACCAUACUUAUUGCUAAGCGGCUCUUCCAGGAAACAAAACGCCCCAUACCAAACUCCAAUGU